AUGCCCGUUGCGUCCUACUACCCCAAGGUCGACAUCCCUAAUGUCGACCUUUGGUCGUUUCUGUUCGAGCGCAAGGACAGGCCCUUCCCAGAAGACAAGAUCCUCUACCAGGAUGCCGAAACCCAGCGACACUACACCUACCAGACUCUGAGAGAGUCAUCUCUGGAGUUUGGCAAAGGUCUGAAGGCGACAUUUGACUGGCGCAAGGGCGAUGUGUUAGCCCUUUUCACUCCUAACAGCAUUGACACCCCAGUGCUAAUGUGGGGGACGCUUUGGGCUGGUGGAAUCGUUUCCCCGGCUAACCCUGCUUACACUGUUGAUGAAUUGGCCUUCCAGCUGAAGAAUUCCGGGGCCAAGGCUCUCGCGACACAAGCCGCUGUUCUUCCUGUGGCUAAGGCUGCGGCUAAGAAAGUUGGCAUCCCGGAAGAUCACAUCAUUCUCAUUGGCGACGAGCGGGACCCCGAGGCUCGAAUUAAGCACUUCACUUCCGUCAGAAAUAUCUCCCGUGCCACUCGGUAUCGAAAGCAGAAAAUCACACCCGAGAGUGACCUUGCGUUCUUGGUCUACUCUUCUGGUACAACUGGUGUGCCGAAGGGCGUGAUGUUGUCGCACAGGAAUAUUGUCGCGAACAUUAUACAGCAGGUCACCGGUGAAGGUGGUAAUUUGAAGUGGAAUGGAGGUCCUGAUGGUAAAGGCGACAAAGUGUUGGCCUUUUUGCCAUUUUAUCACAUUUAUGGAUUGACUUGCCUGAUCACCCAGGCUUUGUACAAGGGGUACCACCUUAUCGUCAUGACAAAGUUCGAUAUUGAGAGAUGGUGCGCACACGUGCAGAAUUACCGCGUAACCUUCAGUUAUAUUGUACCUCCUGUGGUACUUCUCCUGGGCAAGCACCCGGCGGUCGACAAGUAUGACUUGUCCAGCUUGCGCAUGAUGAACUCCGGAGCCGCACCACUCACGCAAGAGCUCGUGGAAUCCGUGUACUCUCGCAUCAAGGUCGGAAUCAAGCAGGGCUAUGGUCUGAGUGAGACUAGCCCGACCACACACUCGCAACGAUGGGAGGACUGGCGUGAGUUCAUUGGCUCUGUUGGCCGAUUGAUGCCCAACAUGGAAGCCAAGUACAUGACCAUGCCCGAGGAUGGAUCGGAGUCCAGCGAGGUCGCAACUGGCGAGGUUGGCGAGCUGUAUCUGCGCGGCCCUAAUGUCUUCCUUGGAUAUCACCAAAACCCGGCUGCCACCAGGGAAUGCCUCUCUGAGGAUGGUUGGUUCCGAACUGGCGAUGUUGGUUACCAAGAUGCCAAGGGUAACUUUUUCAUCACGGAUCGUGUGAAGGAGCUUAUCAAAUAUAAGGGAUUCCAAGUCCCCCCUGCUGAGUUGGAAGGUCUUUUGGUCGAUAAUGACGCUAUUGACGACGUCGCUGUGAUUGGAAUUGAGAGCGAGGCACAUGGCUCUGAGGUACCCUUGGCCUGCAUUGUUCGCAGUGCCAAGAGCAAGUCCUCCGGUGCGAGUGCAGAAGAGGAGGGAGCUAAGAUUGUCAAGUGGCUGGAUAGCAAGGUUGCACACCACAAGCGCCUGCGUGGUGGCGUGCGCUUUGUCGAUGAGAUCCCCAAGAACCCGAGCGGCAAGAUCUUGCGACGCGUGCUGAAGCAGAAGUUCAAGGCCGAGCUCGCGGGACCCAAGGCCAAGCUGUAA